AUGCGCCACCCUCUGUCUUGAACAAUCAGGUGUACCGACAUGGCCGACAGCGAAUUUGAAGAAUUUCGCCGGGUAUUUGAUAAAUUACCGCAACAUAUAAAGGCCCCAACGCCGUUCUAUUCCUUAGUACCAAAUGUUGGGCUGGAAGAUGAUUCGCCGUCUUCUAAAAGUGAGGAGUCGCCAGAAGAGGAUAAAAUGUGUGUGGCCGACACCGAAGCGAUAAAAGCAGACGGCUCGCCAGUCACACAAUCUGAUAAAACAGACGCACAACGCAGUCCCCGUCACCAAUUUACAAGUGGAGAAAGGAGAAGAAGAAAACUCCCAGAGAUACCCAAAAAUAGAAAAACUUCCGUGGUUGGUACAGCCCAACCGGCAUCACUUGCUGAUGAGUUAGGAGCAUUAACUGGUCUCCUUGUACGACCCGGGGGGCAGGGGCGACCCCUUUUAGUUCUAAAAUGUGGUUACCUCUUGGACGAAGACUCCAGUCCCGACUCAGAGAGGCUGCAAAGCCUCGGCGAUGUAGAUAGUGGACACAGCACUGCACAUUCGCCGAUCGAUACUGGACCUAAGAGCCUAUCUCCAACGCCGUUACAACAGAACGUGUCACCAUCAUCAAGUUGCAGCAUCAGCGGUAUUAACUUCGCCGGCAACGUAAGUACAGUGCCACAUAGCCACCUAGAAAUGCUCGAAGCCACACACAGAGGACUCCACAAGUUCAACCCGCGACAUCACGAUGAGAUAGAAGUGGAAAUAGGCGAUCCGAUUUAUGUCCAGAAGGAGGCAGACGACUUAUGGUGCGAAGGAGUUAAUUUAAGGACAGGUCAGCAAGGUAUCUUUCCUUCGGCAUACGCGGUUGAUAUGGACUACAGUGAUUUUGAUCCAGCAAAUGCUAAAGCGAAGAGAGAGAGAUAUUUACUGGGCUAUAUGGGCUCCGUAGAAACACUUGCUCAUAAAGGAACUGGUGUUGUUUGUCAGGCAGUUAAAAAAAUUGUCGGUGACUCUAAUGGAGAUGUUGGCUCUCAGCCUUGUAUUUUAGAAGUUUCGGAUCAAGGCCUUCGCAUGGUCGACAGAUCCAAACCAGAUCGGAGUCGAAAUACGCCUUGCAUCGACUACUUUUACUCGCUGAAGAAUGUAUCGUUCUGUGCGUUCCACCCACGUGACCAUCGCUAUCUAGGCUUCAUCACGAAACAUCCCACACUCCAAAGAUUCGCAUGUCACGUGUUUCGUGGACAAGAGUCUACCAGACCUGUGGCUGAAGCUGUGGGGAGAGCAUUCCAGAGAUUUUACCAGAAGUUCAUAGAAACAGCAUAUCCUAUUGAGGAUAUUUACAUUGAAUGAGGAAGAAAGCUUUGAAGCUUUAAACGACCGUUUAACAAAAUUUAUUAACAAGAUGGCCGUAGCACAGAUACACAAUUAUAAAAUCGCAAUUUAUUAAAUUUUUGAAUAGAUUCACUUCACCACAAAAUGUUUUUCUAAUAAUAAUAAUAAUAAUAAAGCCUUUAUUCACUUACCAAAUACAUUUACAUAAUUUUAACGUAAGCGAAAACACACAUUUUAAAUAUAUUUUUUGCUUCUACAUAGUUUUCAGCAGCCAGUUGAUGAGGUUUUCUAAUGACAUAGACCUCCUCCUCCUGGUUGUUUUCACUCGUCUCUUUCACGGGCUGGUUUUCUCCAUCCUUCCGGUAGAUUGCUUCCCAUCUCUUUAUUUGACGGCCUAUUUGCUUUCUCCCAUCUCUGGGAAACAAUAAUAUGACUUUAUCAUUAAGUUUUAUUAAUUUUUGUUAAUACAAUAUAAAAAAUCUUCAUACUCUCAAUCAAAUUAUCCAAAAUACACCAACAACAUAACAAUGAAAUUGACACGAUAAUUUAUAAAUAUUUAAAACAGCAGUCGUUAUACCCAAUUCUAAUAGUCUUAUGUCUCAAAUCGUAGAUAAACUCACUAUUGUGAUUGGUAUUUCUAUUUCCAUUACAGAUUUUAAAGGCCAUUAUUCAUUUGCCGCCAUAUUGUAAAUGAAUAAAUGAGAAAAUCCAAGUACUAUUUUCAACAUUUUGAACAACACAAUAGAAUCUUCCAUACAGAAUAAAAAUUUGUGCCAAAUCACGUAGGUAUUUUGUAUUAUUCUAAUUGUAGUAAUACUCUGGAUUCUAUCAAAUAAUGUCCAACGCAUAUGUUGUUUAUUGUGCAACACAUCUACAAAUAUGAAUGCAGAAUUCAUUACUUAAGGAAUCCUUUUAAUCAAAAGGACUCCUUCGCGAAAUACCUUUUUCUUAAUCCGUUUGAACUUGUUUCAUUAUUUCUUAAUGGCUUUGUAAUGUAAACGACUCUUAUUGAUUCACUGGAAUUUUGAUAAUUACGACGAACAUGUAGUCGUUAUUUGAGCGUGACGUGAUUGGUACCUUGCUACGGCCAUACAGAGAUUGCUUGUGGACUUCACGUGGUAUUAAGCUGAACUUUAAAAAUUAUAUUAACCUUGGGCCUAAACCAAAUCUGUAUUUUUAUUGUAAAAUAAUUCGACUUUUGGUAUUUCGUUUAUAAUUCUAUUCCUAUUUUAUUUUUAACAUUCACUGAAUGACUAGCGUAUAAAUCAGUAUUAUUUUUAAAAACGUAGGGAAUUUAGAUGGUUAUGUCAUCUUAAUCGACUUUUAUAUCGUGCCUGACAAUUCAGACAGCUUUAAUAAUUAUUAUAAAAAGCAUAAAUACGAAAAAAAGCCCGGUCAGAAAAUUUUAAUCCAAUAAAUCUUUCGACAAAUACAGUUAUUCAUAAAAAUUACUUAUCUAGGUUUUAAUAUCACCGUUGGUAAAUAUCCUAUAUAUAAUAAAUUACGCAACAAAAACUCUUCCUGUCCUACUUAAAGACUCAUCUUGGGACUCUUUCGCUAUAAGAAUCUAGGAUAAGCGAGACUUUUAUAAUCCACUUAUAAUAAUGUUCCAAACUUAAAGGACACAAUAUUUAACGAAGUCGUCAAAGUCCUCGUGUGUCAAAUUAAUAGAAUUUUUCAAAUAUGGUUGCCGAUGCUAUGUCGCCUUGAAAAUAUUGUAUAUAGUUAUAAUAAUACAUAAAAAACAAUAAAAUAUAAUAUCCAAUACAACGUGAGCCUUGCUGAGCGCCUUGCUUAUCACAAUUACGUUAUUAAGUACGUUCGUUAUUAAUAUGUUUUAUUUGGGAUAUAAAAAAAUUAGGUCGCUUAAAUAUAACAAUUCUCAAAUACUGUGAUAUGUUGCAUAAUAUAAAAUUAUGCACGAGUUUAAUUUAUUUACGGCUGCCUGCUGCAUUAUAACUCGAUAUUAUGUAACAAUAUGAUUUGAAUAAAUUUGGCGUAUCAUUACAUUUAUAACUAAACUAUUUCCACUUCAUUUUAUAAAUGAAUCGGUUUAAGGCAGCCUUUUUACUCAACUCUUCUAAAAUAAACAACAUUACAGUAAUAAUAAAAUUCUAUAGAUUGAUAGAUAAUAUUUUUUUAGACACUUAGAAAUAUGCUGACACAAAUCUAUACUACGACACUGUUAAACUUGAUCUUGUAAAAUAAGAUUUGUUUAAUAUACCUAACGUUUAAAAUAGAAAGCAAUAACAAUAACUUUUGUAUAUUUACAGUGAAUGUCAAUAGCUUUAAGAGACUUUUGAUAAUAUGUUGUAAUGUGUAUAUUAUCAGCUUAGCUAACGCUAGAAUGCUGUUUAAAAACUUAGCCACUACCUACAUAAUGCAAUUACGGGGAGGAAUUUUAACACCAUUUGGAAGCACCUAACUGAGUGAUUAUCUCGGCACACUAGCCAGAGUUUGCGUAAGAGCAAAACACACUUUUAGUACAAGACAACAAAAAAACUAUUUCAGUGCAUCUAAAAAGACACUGAAAUUCAAUGAUUUUAUAAAAUUUUAAAGAAAAUAAAUGUUUUUAAGAAAUAAACGUAUAAUAUGCCUUUAGAGCCUUUUUCGUAAGGGUCUGAAGACGGUGCGUUAACAAUACACGGACUGUAUAUCACACAGGUUUUUAUGCAACCUUCAUUAAGAAAAAAAAUACUAUUGAGUUUAGUUUAUUUACUAACGCUUAAAAACACCUGUAUGUUGUAGUUUACAUCAUGACUCGAAAUUUUAAAAAUAAACUAAAGUUCGUUCUAAAAAAAGUUUGACAAAGAAAGUUAUAUUUUCGAUACUUCCUAUAUAGGAGACAAAAUAAUGGCGCGUAUCUUUUGAUGGUCAAUGUAUUGUUUUGACUGUUGAAGUAUAUUCCUACCUUGCUUGUGGUGUGAAAUUGCAAACUGUGUACCGAGUAUGAAACGUGUGUUGCGUAAAUACAUAUUUUACGAUUAGCUUUGAUCAGUCUUGAAAAACAAUAAAUCAGUCUAAUUAUACAGGUACAAUCCCUUAGUUGGUGACUAUCGUGGCGCUUUAGUGAAGCAGUGUACCUGAUUGAAAUUAUUUUGUGUCUUUGACGCAUAAAAGCGCUAGAAUACUUCAAACUUAAAGCGAACCUAUAAAUUUUAAUUUACAUUUAUUUAAAUUGAUUUUUGAAACGCCGCCAUAGGCCAGACUCAGGUCAGAAUCGCAAUUUUUGGCAGGACUCAAACUUCAAGGCACACUGAUCCAGACGUCCCUUAAACCUUAACCAAUCUACUUAUAUAUAUAUUAUAUAUAUUGACAGUAUAAUGAGACCGAUUAUUGUUUACAUAAUUGUCUUUAUUAGGUAGUGGCUUAACAAAAUAAAUGUUAUUGAUAUUUACUGUUCAACAUUUUUGAAUCAGUAUUGUAAAUACAACUGUACCUUCUGCGUUGUAUAGCGUUAUUACAAUUUCACUAGUCACACGUUACGGUUAAUUAAAAUACAAUUAAAAUUCGUCUUUAUUUACCAAAAAUGUACACGAAUCUUUUAAGAUUACAAUAUUCCAUUAAUAUUUGUUUAUUACAGCUCUUAACGACACUGUGCAUUAAAUGUACAUGGAAGAAUCUAAUUUCAUUGGAAGAAAUUAUUGAUAGAAUAUAUUUAUUUUUCCAGUAAUUGUAUAGCAAG